GCCGUCACUUUCACGGAGUCCCAGGGCGUCUCCUGACUACAGAGCCGACGUGGGCUGCGAUCUCUCAGCAGCAACCUGUGAAUUAGGCUAUUAGUGCAAACACUGUGAGAAAGUCUUCAUAAGAGGUGCUGUUAUGCUAAGUAAAUUACGAGACUGGACGGAGUAUCAGGAAGUAUGGCAGCGGCAACUCGGCAGAAAGUUGACUGUAGAGUUCCUCUUUCUGUAAGGUGCUAGAUCGCCCCAGACCUCUCCGAUUGCACUUUUAAUAGCGGGAUAUAACGAAAAACAGCCUGGAAACAACGGGAAACAGCUGGGGAAGCAUUCUGACCGUCUUUGAUGGGAAACAUGGGCUGUCAGAAGUCCAAGCUAUCCGGGGAGCAGGGAACCGAAGCUGAAACAAAGAAGCACCAGCCCAAAAAUUCAACUUCAGAUGGCCUCCUUCUGCCAGGUCAAGUACUUGAGAAGAUGGAAGAGAAAAUCGUGGUUGCUGUGUACCCGUAUGAGGCCGUUCACCCCGACGACCUGGCAUUCAAGAAAGGGGAGAAGCUGAAGGUGCUGGAGGAGAAUGGGGAGUGGUGGAAAGCCAUGUCUCUGACCACUAAGAAAGUGGGUUACAUCCCCUACAAUUACAUCGCCGAGGCCGACACCAUGGAGACGGAGGACUGGUUUUUCAAGGAUAUCAUCAGGAAAGACGCGGAAAGACAGCUUUUAGCCCCAGCAAAUAAGGCGGGAGCCUUCCUCAUCCGAGAGAGCGAGACAUCGAAAGGAAGCUACUCGCUCUCGGUGCGUGACGUGGACAGCAACAACAUGGGCGCGGUCAAGCAUUACAAAAUCCGCUCGCUCGACAACGGGGGCUACUACAUCUCCCCCAGGCUCACUUUCCCCGACCUCAGCAGCAUGGUGAAGCACUACCAGAAGAAUGCCGACGGACUCUGCCAGAAGCUGGAGAAGCCGUGCGCCAAGCCGAAGGCCCAGCAGCCCUGGGACAAGGACGCCUGGGAGAUCUCCAAGGAGUCCAUCAGGAUGAUAAAGAAGCUUGGAGCAGGACAGUUUGGAGAAGUGUGGAUGGCAUCUUACAAAAACAACACGACGGUGGCGGUGAAGACGCUGAAGCAGGGCACCAUGUCGGUGGAGGCCUUCAUGGAGGAGGCCAACCUGAUGAAGACGCUGAGGCACGACCGGCUGGUGCGGCUCUACGCCGUGGUGACCAAGACCGAGCCCAUCUACAUCAUCACCGAAUUCAUGGCCAAUGGCAGUCUGCUAGACUUCCUAAAAAGCAACGACGGCAGGAAGGUGCUAUUGCCCAAGCUCAUCGAUUUUUCUGCACAGAUCGCCGAGGGCAUGGCCUACAUCGAGAAGAAGCACUACAUUCACAGGGACCUGCGGGCUGCCAACGUCCUCGUCUCCGACUGCCUGCUGUGCAAAAUCGCUGAUUUCGGCCUGGCGCGCAUCAUCGAGGAUAACGAGUACACUGCAAGAGAGGGAGCAAAGUUCCCUAUUAAAUGGACCGCCCCAGAGGCCAUUAACUAUGGGUCGUUUACCAUAAAGUCAGACAUGUGGUCAUUUGGAAUCCUUCUAUAUGAAAUCAUCACAUAUGGAAAAAAUCCUUAUCCAGGCAUGAGCAACAGUGAAGUUAUGACGAAUCUGCAGAAAGGAUAUCGAAUGCCCAUCCCUGAGGACUGUCCCGCCCAGCUCUACGAACUCAUGACGACGUGCUGGAAGGACAAGCCAGAGGACAGGCCCACCUUCGACUACAUGCAGAGUGUACUAGAUGACUUUUACACAGCCACUGAGUCACAGUACCAGCAGCAGCCAUAGGUGGCGGUGCUGAGACAGCUCGGGAUGGGACAAACGUUUGUGACUGACUGAAACACCCAAUAAUCAGACAACUGUAACCAUUUGCUUUUAUGCAAGCCAAAAAAAACUUUCGAAGGAUGGAGCUAACCCAACAAACUGCUUUUCUAUUUCCUAUACCUUAAAGACUAUGCCUUUGUCAAUCAUCCAACCAAAUCUAACUUUCUCCAAGGACAAGUUACAAGGGCCGGUUCGGACCGCCUACAAGAGCGGCAAGGCAAUGGGGGCUAUCGGCAGGGAGAGGGUGCCACCUUAUCUACAUGUACAAGGAGCAAGACACAGAGAAAUGCCCCCCCCCAAAAAAAAAAAAAAAAAAAAAAAAGGGAAAGAUGACAUGGCAAGCUAGAAUUGCUCACUUUGGAAUGUGGACCAAAAAAAAAAUAAUGGUUUUGUAUCAAUACCUUUCCUGAUUCCCAUUGCCUAAACAUAAGCCAUGUUACAAUUGCUGUAAAUUAAACACUGUAUAUAAAGAUUAAUAUAAGCUACUUA